UGAUCAUUUUCUGUCCUUAUUUGGAAUUGAGUUGUUGGGCUAUACAUGCACAAUAUCUGAUAUAUAAUCAUAGAUUGUUCAUUACUAGCCUGCAUACCAAGAAGGGAGACUUGUAGUGAUAAUAUUUUUGCCAGUAAGAGGAAAAUAAUGGAGCUUUCAAUGGGAAACAAUGGUGGCGCUUCGGGCGAUGAACAUGAAGCAGCUUCUAACUCUAGAAAUAAGGGAAAGAAGGGUUACCAUCGCCAUUCUAAUCAGCAGAUUCAGCAGCUUGAAAAAUUUUUCAAGGAAUGUCCUCAUCCGGAUGAAAACCAGCGGCGCCAGUUGAGUAGGGAAUUAGGGCUUGAGGCUAAACAGAUCAAGUUCUGGUUUCAAAACAAAAGGACUCAGAAAAAGGCGCAGAGUGAGCGAGCAGAUAAUUCAGUUCUUCGGUUAGAAAAUGAGAGGAUUCAAUGUGAAAAUCUGGCAAUCAUAGAGGCACUGAAGAAUGUGAUCUGCCCAGCUUGUGGAGGCCCUCCCUUCGGAGAAGAAGAACGCCAACGUAGUUUGCAGAAACUAAAGCAGGAAAAUGCUCGGUUGAAAGAAGAGCAUGAAAAAGUAUCUACCCUUCUUAACAAGUACAUAGGAAAAUCAAUUUCACAGAUUGAUUCGUUGACACUUGGAGCUGGAUCUUCAGAUGGCGUAUUGACGACAAACCCUGGCAUUGAUCUGGAACGGAAUCCAGGACUGGACAACAGUCCAUUGGUUUAUAGACGUAGAGGAAUUCUAGAUAUGGAAAAGGCGCUCAUGGCUGAGACUGCUGCCAGUGCAGCUGAUGAGCUGGUCAGGCUUUUGCGAGUUAAUGAGCCUCUGUGGAUCAAGUCCCCAUCUGAUGGAAGAUACAUCCUUGAUCAUGUCGGCUAUGAGAAACUAUACCCCAGGGACAGUCACUUCAAAAGUGCUAAUGCUCGUGUCGAAUCAUCCAAAGAUUCAGCAAUGGUGAUCAUGCCUGGAAUGGACCUGGUUGACAUGUUUUUGGAUGCAAAUAAAUGGAUAGAUCUUUUUCCGACAAUCGUUACCAAGGCCAGGACAAUUCUAGUACUUGAAGCUGGAACGGCAGGAAACCGAAAUGGUUCCUUGCAGAUGAUGUAUGAACAAAUGCACAUACUGUCGCCCUUGGUUCCACCUAGGGAGUUUUACUUCCUUCGUCUUUGUCAGCAACUUGAUCCUGGGGAGUGGGUGAUAGCAGAUAUAUCGUAUGACUUCAUGAGAGAUGGUUUCCCUUCCCGCGCUUGGCGGCUUCCUUCUGGAUGCAUGAUCCAAGAUAAGUCUAAUGGAUGUUCCAAGGUAACUUGGGUAGAACAUGUGGAGGUGGAUGAUAGAACUCAAACUCAUCGCCUUUACAGAGAUCUCAUAUGCGGAAGAUCUGCUUAUGGAGCAGAACGAUGGAUUGCUAGUCUCCGGAGGAUUUGUGAGAGGUUAGCUUUCUACAAGGAGGAAACUGCAGCUGCUCGAGACUUUGGAGGAGUGAUCACUUCACCUGAGGGUAGAAAGAGCAUAGUAAACCUAGCCCACAGGAUGGUGAAGAUCUUUUUUGCAAGUUUGGGUAUGUCAGGAAAACUGGAUUUCCCUCAAUUCUCUGAAGUGAACAAUAGUGGGGUUCGGGUGGCUAUUCGUAAGAACACAGAACAAGGGCAGCCGGUUGGCAUGGUUGUUAGUGCUGCUACUUCUCUCUGGCUUCCACUCUCACCUCAGAUUGUGUUUAACUUCUUCAAAGAUGAGAGAUCACGAAUUCAGGUUUAUGAAAAAUGGGAUGUUCUGUCCAAUAGCAAUCCAGUGCAUGUGAUUUCACACAUUUCCAACGGGACUAAUCCAGGGAACUGCAUAUCCAUUACUCGCUGCAGUAUAAACUAUAGCCAAAAGGCUUACAGCAACAGUGUCUUGAUUCAUUUUCAGCAAGUUUACUUGUGCAAUUCUUUGAUUGUUUUUCCUUUCAAAUUAAAGCAGCCUUUCAUUCCUACUGAGAACAACAUGCUGAUACUUCAAGAGAGCUGCACGGACUCUUCAGGAUCAAUGGUGGUAUAUGCUCCACUUGACAUUCCAGCCAUGAACAUGGUGAUAGACGGUGCAGACUCAUCGAUCAUUCCCAUACUUCCAUCAGGUUUUGUAAUAUCUGGCGAUGGCCAUCCAGACACAGGAGGGGACAGUUCUACUUCCACAAGUUCUACUGGGGCAGACUCGGGAGGUUCACUUCUUACAGUAGCUUUCCAAAUUCUGGUCGCUGGCCCUAAUGCCACAUCCUCCACAGAACUCAACAUGGAAUCUGUGGCAACAGUCAAUACCCUUAUCAGCACCACGGUUCUCAAAAUUAAGGCUGCUUUGAAUUGCUCUAAUUUGGGUUAAGCAUUGGUGAUGCUGUUGUUG